GGGCCGUUAGGAUGCUUUUGUCAUUGAAGCCCACAAUCCCUCCUCACCGGUGCAGCUUAUUCUCCCAGCACUACCGUCAUCUAGACGGCGAUGCCUGCUGAUCCGACGAUAAUCACUCGCAACUGUCGGAAUGGCUUGGAGAAGCCUUGAGCUAUGGAGACGCAAUGAAAUUAUGUUGGGAACUGUGUUGAAUGUGUUUCGGUUCUACAGAACGAACCCUAAGGUGGUAGACUUGAGAAAGCUUAGGCCGAUGAUUCUUAAGAGGAUUGAGAACCGAGCGAAGGAUUAUCCGGUGAAAGGAAUGAUCCCUGUGGCGGAGGAGGUCCUCAAGUCCAGAACCCUGCUCUACCGUGGAGUAUCCACCCUCCUCCAACAUAUCCCGGUGUGGGCGUGCAAGUACUGCCCAGAGGUGUAUGUAGGAGAAAGCGGUCAUUUAAUUCGAACAUGUGGUGGAUAUAGGAGGCAGUCAAAGACCCAGCUUCAUGCUUGGGUCAAAGGAACUUUAGAGAACAUCCUACUCCCUGUACAAACAUAUCAUCUGCAGAACAUGUUUCAGAACAUCAUCAAACACCAUGAAAGAUUUGAUCACGACCGGAUUCCUGCCGUUGUGGAAUUGUGCUUACAAGCCGGUGCUAAUCUAGAUGAGGAAUGCGCAAUCACAAGAGAGAGGGAACUGGAAAGCCAUUUGAUAACUGAACCUUCAUUCGAUCAGGAAAUGAUGUCGAUAGGGAUAGAGACUUUAAAAGCUUGGGAAAGGGUCAGGUCCGGAGUAGUUAAGCUGCUGUUGGUUUAUCCCACGAAGGUGUGCAAACACUGUUCGGAAGUUCACGUGGGACCCUCCGGACAUAAGGCUCGGCUUUGUGGGGUAUUUAAGUAUGAAAGUUGGCGGCGAGGGCAUUUUUGGGAGAAGGCAGGUGUGGACGAUUUGGUUCCUCAGAAUGUAGUCUGGUUCAGACGGCCUCAAGAUCCUCCAUUGCUACUUGAUGAGGGUCGAAACUACUAUGGACAUGCCCCUGCCGUUGUAGAUCUAUGCACCAAGGCAGGGGCCAUUGCCCCAUCCAAAUAUCAGUGCAUGAUGAAAAUGGAUGGGUUGUCAGCGCCAGUUUCGGUCACAACUUAAUGACAUCAUCAUAUGCAAAAAGACUAUAAGAGUAUAAACAAGAUAGCACAAUUUUCGUGUAUCCUGGAGUCCUGAAUAGGAGAAUGUCAUCUACCUUCACCUGGUUUGCUGUGGUUCUGUUAGGGUAUAUUUGGAUCUGGGAAAAUGCUAGAGAAAGGAAAAAAAAUGUUAAUGGAAGUUAUUUUCAUAUGUUUGAAUUAACGUGAUCACACCUAUACUCACUCUCCAUAUUACAUGUUGCACAUUAUGUAAAUAUCCAACAAGAACAUGCAGUCCUACUCUAUACAGUAAAGACAACAAGCGCUUAUUAUAGCCAGAGACUCAUGUACUAUGACUAACAAAGCUAAUGUGAGAAACAUGAUGUUUCUAUAAGAAGCUGUGUUUAGUGGGACUGUACAUAAAUAUAAGAUUCAGUUAUUGAAUACAAAUUGCUGCUAAGUGAUAACCAACGAUGUUCACAAUGUUUUAGAGAUUAUCUUUUGGUUUAUGACUUAAUGUAGCCGCCAACAUCAGUGCUCAAGGAUUUAAGGUGUUCUUGUUGAUCAACGAGGUAAUGAACUGGGGAAAAGCUGUCAAUAAAAGGGUUAGUGUUUACGCAGGUUUUAAUUAUUGGAACAUUGUAAUGCUUUUAAUAUAUACUACGUUAAGAUAAGAAUCUGCUUUUGUUGUGACUGUUCAUUAUAAAUAGGUAUUUAUUCAUUCCGUAUGUAUAACUAA